AUGGCCUCUGUGCAAGGCCUGCUCAUAGACGGCAUUGAGCCAACCUCGCUAUCAGCCUCGGAUGCUUCCCCAGGGCAGCAACCUCGGAGAAAGCGGCCAGCUCCACGAGGCACGGCGUCUUAUCCUCGCAAAAGAGCCGUUACCGCUUGUCAAGUUUGUCGGGCCCGGAGGACCAAGUGCGACAACCGGAAGCCGUCAUGUUCUUUCUGUGCAAAAGUCGGAGCACAAUGCAUCCAAUCGCCUGUGGAUCUCUCGAGCUUUGAUCCGGCCAGUCUGCGGAUUCUCGAGCGCUUGGAUGAGCUCGAGGAAGUGGUGCGCUCUAGCAGCUCGAGUGGAGCAAGCCAGCUUCCACAGCACGAUGACUAUGUGCCAGGAACCACGCCUCUUGGAUCUCACACGGAUGUUGACCGCUCGAAAUUCCGGCCGCAAACGAUAGAGAAUAUCCUCGAGUGGCCAUGCUUGCAGCUGAAUAGCAUUCAGGACCAGAGUCUUGCCUUCCAACUUCGUUGGAGACAUGCCGAGUCCGUAACUGUACAGGCGUCCACUUCGCCAGCAUACCUCGCAGACGAGCUUGAGCCGCAGCAUACCAAGGUUCUUCUCGACAACUUCUUCAAUCAUGUUCACAUCAAGAAUCCUGUCCUGGACGAAGUGCAGACUCGUCGGAUCGUCACUCGACUAUGCCUUCAUGGUGUUGACUGGUCCCCUGAAUCGUGCAUCGCGUUGUUGGUCUGCGCGCUCGGCGCGAUCGCGACUCCGUUUGAUAGUAGUCAGGUUGUUACUCAAGAUUCAGAGGCAUACGCUACCGCAAAAUCAUUCUACAGUGCGGCACGGAAGCGGCUUGGUGUAGUGCUAGGCACAUCUGGUGUGCUUGAAGCGCAAUGCCUCUUCCUUGCGGGGGCGUACAUGAUGUGCAUCUUCGAGCGGGUCAAAGCCUGGAGAUUCUUCAUGCAGUCGCUUGCGUGCUGUCAGGAAUUCGACUUCCUGCACCGGUCUCGAGUAGGAUCGGACGGCAUUCAUGACAAUAUACAUGCUUACGGAAUGCAAGAUUACCAGAGCCAACAAGCCUCAACUGCGGAACAAGCCAUUUACUGGUCCGCGUGGAAAUCCGAACGUGAGCUUCGGCCAGAUCUCCAAGCGCCAGACUUCCGUCUUCCGAAGACUGAGGUUGCUAUAUAUCCCCCAUUCUUUCCCACGCCGCCCGCACCCAGCGAGGAUCUACAAAGCGGUUUGAGCGACGAAUACAAGCAGCGGGAACGCGUCUCAUGGUAUUUCUACCUGUCGGAAAUAUCGUUACGGCGCCUUUCGUCGCGCAUCGCGGAUGAGAUCCUUGCGUUCCAGCCUCAAUAUGACGAGACUCUCCUCGAAGGACUUGCGAAAGCCACAUCAGAACACGAGGCGCAAGCCGACGAAUGGGUGAUGGCUCUACCUGAAACUAUGACAUUGCAAUCUUCUCCAAACGAGGAUGAUGUUUGCAAGUUCGUCCUCCGUGGACAUCUGAUCAAUCUCUAUGAGACAAUCUACUGGCCUUUUGUCGAUGCAGUAAUCAAUUGCCCUCCAUGUGGCAGCGGCAUUCACUGGAGCCCUCUUCUUCGAAAUCUGGCCCAUAAAGGGCUCCAGAAGCAUAUUGAGAGGCUACAGGUCAAUCGGCCGGGCUUCCGGCACAGGCAUCACGGAACUCCGAGUAUGAUUUAUACCUGCACCAGGAGUGCGAUGGUGCUGGUUGCAGCAGCAUUAGUAGCCAAGGACAACACAGAGCAAGGACUAUCACUGCCACUCGAGAUGCCGCCUGAUUGGCAGAACGCUGUGGUCGCUGCGAUGGAGCUGAACAGAUACUGGGAGAAUGAGUCACUCGAAAGUAGAUCGAUGCUACAUAUGCUUGAAGUAUUGUGGCAGAGUGUCAGAUAG